AUGGGCGCUGUUCUUGCCGUGCUGGGCCUUGGUUCGCUAUUCUUUCUCUGGACGCAGCUCAUCAAGCCACAGAGGACGCUGCCGCCUGGGCCCAAGCCCCUUCCACUAGUUGGGAACAUCACUAAUCUUACUAUCAAAGAGCUUUGGCUGCGCGUGACGCAGUGGGCGCAGCAGUACGGCGAUGUGGUCUAUGUACACGUGUUCGGUCAGGGUCUCGUCUUCCUUAACACAUACGAUGCCGCUGUGGACUUGCUUGAGAAGCGGGGCGCAAUCUACUCUGACAAGCCUGGUCUCAUCAUGACCGGCGAACUAUGUGGCUGCGAGAACAUGGUCGCAUUCACCCGUUAUGGUGACAAGGCCCGCCGCCAGCGCCGCCUUAUGCAGCAAGCCCUAAGUGCCAACAGCGUCCGCAGAUACGAGCCCCUCAUGGCCGUACAAACGCAGGAGCUCUUGAGGAACAUACUCCUCAACCCCGAAGAAUACAUUGCUAGUAUUCGUAGGUACGCAGGCGGUCUGACGCUUUCGUGCAUCUACGGCUAUCAGGUACGCUCGAACGAUGACAAGUUCCUCACGCUCGCCGAGGAGUGCGUCGACCUCCUCGCGAACAAGAUCGCAUCCGGCGGCGGUAUCUGGCCUGUUGACGUCCUUCCGUUCUUGCGCCACAUGCCUGACUGGAUGCCCGGCGCGGGCUUCAAGCGCAGCGCAGCACAGUGGAAGGCCAAGAUUGAGGAAUUUGUUGACAAGCCAUACGAGUACGUCAAAGAGAGCAUGCGGAACGGCACCGCCCUCCCUUGCUUCUGCACGACGCUCCUCGAGGAGAUGCAGGAGCGCUGCGAAAAAGAGAUAGAUGCGGAGCGCGACUUUGAUAUCCGCUGGGCGGCCAACUCCAUGUACUCGGCGAGCAUCGACACGACGCUCACUGUUGUGAUGCACUUCAUGCUCGCGAUGAUCAAGCAUCCGGACGUCCUUGCAAAGGCGCAGGCUGAGCUUGACAGCGUCGUCGGCUCCGGUCGCUUGCCGACGAUGAGCGAUCGUCCGGCACUGCCAUACUUGGAGUGCGUGAUGAGCGAAGUUCUGCGAUGGGGUGCGGCGGUGCCGAUGAGUCUGCCGCACCGCUUGAUGGAGGACGACGUCUACAACGGCAUGCACAUCCCCAAAGGUUCUCUCGUGUUUGCGAACGUCUGGAACAUGGUGCGCGACCCAGCGCUAUUCCCCGACCCACACGCGUUCACGCCCGAGCGCUAUCUCGCUCCUGCUGCGGACGAGGCGACCGCGCGGCGGCGCGACCCACGCAACUACGUUUUCGGCUUCGGGCGGCGGCGCUGCCCUGGGCUGCAUCUCAUCGAGUCUUCGCUGUGGAUGGUGAUGGCGGCGAUGGUCGCGACGCUCGACCUGUCGGUGGCGCUAGAUGCGCAAGGGUACGCGGUGGAGCCCACAGUCGAGUUUCAGAACGCGGUGUUCCGCACGCCGAGCGCGUUCAAAUGCGAUAUCCGGCCGCGCUCGGAGCAGGCUGUCCGGCUGGUGCGCGAGGCGGUGGAUGCGUGA